AACGACACCGAUCGUAUCGCCUAACCCGAAUAUCGACGUGAUGAAGAUCGGAUUGAAGUCGUAACAUGUUUCUAUCAUUUUAGAGCAAAGGUGAUACAAUUUCACUAUGAAUAUUCUACCGAAGAAAAGUUGGCAUGUUCGAACUCGAGAUAAUAUUGCCAAAGUCAAGAGGGAUGAAGCUCAAGCCGCAGAGGAAGAGAAAGAGAAAGAAGGGAGGAUUGCUCUGGCUGAGCAAGAAGCACGUACUGAAAAGCUUAGGAUAAAAGCCCGAAACAAGAGUUUUGGCAACGCCAUCUAUGGAUAUGAAGAGGAAGAGAUUGGACCACAGCCAAUGCCUGAUGUGGCACCUACAGGAGUAUCCCCUUCUCAACCCCUGCCCAGAACUCACAUCAACUUCUUCUCAGAAAUAGAGGCAGGGAGCAACACAAAUACCGGUAACAAGGACCAUGAGGCUGAGAAGAAGCAGGAACAAGAUGCCUAUGAGAAGAAGAUUGGGCUACUGGUAGGUCUUGGACAAAGUGCCAUUGAAACACAACCAGUCAAACCUUGGUAUCAGCAAAACAGAGAAGAAAAGGACAAAAAAAGCGUGGAUGCAACAAGUACAGACACACAUGAAAUGAAGAGAAAAGCAUCAAUGGAUCCAAUGAAUGCCAUGUUGAGGUACCUUGGGAAGAAACCAAAGAGUGUGACUGAGACAAAGACUACCAUUCAACAAAAUUCUUCCAAAGAGAAGGAAUCUCUACCAAAAGGGGUAUCAAACCAUUUCUUCUCCCAUACACAGGGUCUGCCUGGCACAACAAGUCUAAUGAAGAUGUUCAGCAAGUACAAGAAUAAAUCUAAAGAGGAAGAAAAUGGAAAGGAAACUACAAGUCACAAAAAACACAAAGAAAAGAAGAGAAAGAAAAAUCACAGGCUAAAGGAAAGCAGAAGAGACUCAAAAAAGCAUAGCCAUAAGAAAUCGAGUAGCAAACACAGAAAACAUUCAAGACAUCACAGUGAUAGUACUAGUUCAGAGAGUGAGGACACAAGGCGAGAGGCUAGAUUGUCAAGAAGACGUAAGAAAUCUCAACAAAGAGAUAGAAAACACAAGCGCAAAUCAAGCAGGAGUGACAGCAAUAGUGAUAGUCAGAGCUCCUCUAGUAAUGGAAGCGAAGAGACGAACAACCAGAAAUUGCAGGUGUCUGCUAAACCUACUCCCACGAUUGAACAGUUAAGAGCAGAGAGGGUGAGGAGAGAGGCAGCAGAGAGGACUAAGACCGAAAGAUUUUUGGCUGGAAAGCCACUGGUAGAACAGCCUGCUCCUGUGUUGGUGAUAACGGAUAAAUUGGAUGGAAAAUAUAACUCACAGUUCAAUCCACAUCUAGCAAGAAAGCGUCAGCCAAAAGAACCUCUUUUUUAGACGACAUUAUUUAUUUUUCUUCUAUUCAUUCUUUCUCCGUACAAUAAGGCCUAAAAAAAAAGAUGUUGUAUUGCCCUUUGCGACCGACCCAAAAAUCUAGA